AUGGCCGCUGUUCAUGUUCUCGACAACUACUAUCUCGCGAUAACGUUCCUUAUUACAGUCGCCUACCAACUCUUCUUCUUCGCAAUAGCAUUCACAUUUAAAUUCGACAAGCUUACCGAUUUCGCUGGAGGAACUAAUUUCAUUCUCCUCGCCAUCCUCACGCUUGCGUUUAGUGACAACCGAGAUCAAGCUCGCAACAUUGUAGUCUCUCUAGUCAUUAUUGCGUGGGCCGCGCGCUUGAGUGGCUUCCUCUUGUUCAGGAUCUUGAAGACUGGGAAAGAUGAUCGCUUUGACGAUAAAAGAGACAAGUUCUGGUCUUUUCUGGGGUUUUGGGUCUUUCAGAUGUUCUGGGUCUGGACAGUCUCUCUACCAGUCACGAUCCUCAAUUCCCCAAAUGUGACGCAAUUCGACCAACCCGGCUUUGGAACAGGCCGAGAUAUUGCAGGCGUCAUUCUUUGGUCGAUCGGCUUCAUCAUGGAGAGCGUGUCUGAUAUCCAGAAGUAUCGGUUUCGUAGUGCUCAUGGAAGCGAUGGUGCAGUCUGCGACGUUGGGUUCUUCGCUUGGACGAGGCACCCGAAUUACUUUGGCGAGAUCAUCAUUCAGUUUGGAAUAUUCACGAUUGCUGUCUCGCCAGCAGCGUAUGGCUACGUCUCCGGUGGUGCAUACAGCGCUCUGUAUGCAUCGAUACUAGGGCCCUUCUUCCUAACUAUUCUUCUCAUGUUUGUCUCCGGUCUGACCCUACAAGAGAGACCAGGAGCGAAGAAGAAGUACGAAAAGGGUACUGAGUGGCCAGCCUAUGAGCGAUACCUCCAUAGAACGAGCAUUCUCAUUCCAUUCCCGCCUCAGCUGUACGCGAAGUUGCCGGUCAUCCUGAAGAGAACCAUCUUCCUGGAAUUCCCAAUCUACGUAUUCGAUCCGGCAAAGCAUGCCGAUCAGAGCAAGGUUCAGGCUAGGUCGGCGGAAGAGGGUCAAGGUACCAGGCAAAGCGAUGAGCAAGGGCUUAGGUCUUGA